AUGGAUGAUCCAAAGGUGAGAUCAUCGUCGGAGAUGGAGAUUAGUCCUAUUGACAUAGAGGCUGCUCAGUUUGAUAAUGAAAUCAUAAGAGCAAUAGAAGAAAAUAGUCUCUUUUACCACAAAGAGAAAAACAAGUCGUUGGUAGCUCGUUAUGUCUACGGAAUCAUCUUCUUGAUUACAAAUCUUUGCGCUUGGUUUAUCCGUGACUACGCACAAAAGACUCUUGCCUUGAUUCCAUAUGUGAGUAGCUGUGGACCAAAAGGAAGUUAUUGUUUCUAUACGCUUGGAGUACUCCGUAUAUUUUUCUUUAUCAUGUUCCUCUCAACAUGGAACACUUUGAAACUCCACCAAGCUCAAAACAGUUGGCACUCGGAUAACUGGACCUUCAAGUUUAUCCUGCUGGUUUCAGCCAUGGUUGCUUCUUUCUUCGUCCCUCAGCUUUACAUCCAAAUCUACGGAGAAGUCGCGCGUGUUGGUGCUGGGAUAUUUCUUGGUCUUCAGCUUGUAAGUAUUAUUGAAUUUAUUACUUGGUGGAAUAACUACUGGAUGGCUCAUGAUCAAAGUAAGAAACGAUGCUCUUUUGGUUUGCUCAUGUCAACAGUUUUCUACAUUGGUUCUGUUUGUGGGAUCGCUGUCAUGUGCUACUUAUACGCAGCUUCAACUGCUUGUCUCCUCAAUAUAUUCUUCAUCUCAUUGACUCUUCUUCUUCUAAUCGUCCUAAUGGUUAUGUCCAUGCUUUUAAAGGUGAAGAAUAGAGCACUUCUGUCUUCAGGGAUUAUGGCUUCCUACAUUGUCUUCCUAUGUUGGUCUGCCAUCAGAAGUGAACCUUACCAUACGACAUGCAAUGCGCAUACUCAAAAGGGUCAUACCGAUUGGAUUACAAUGCUGAGUUUCCUUAUAGCUAUAGGGGCCAUUGUGAUGGCAACAUUCUCAACCGGAAUCGAUUCAGACUCCUUCAAGUUCGAGUUCGAUAAAGAUGAUGAUAAAGAAGAAGAUGAUAUACCAUACAGCUAUGGAUUCUUCCAUCUUGUGUUUUCCUUAGGAGCUAUGUACUUUGCUAUGUUGUUCAUCAGCUGGAACCUCGCACAUCCAGCUCGCAAAUGGAGCAUGGAUGUUGGGUGGACCAGCACAUGGGUCAAGAUAGUGAAUGAAUGGUUUGCUGCAGCUAUAUACCUUUGGAAGUUGAUUGCACCUAUAAUGAGACAGAAUAGAGUUCAUGAACAACCUCAGACAACAGCAGAAGAAGUCAGUACAUAG